CACACUUAGACAGGUGCAUGGCCAGAAUCUUUCGAAUAUUAAAAACGGAUAUAUGUGGCAAUGUUUUUCCUACGUGAAAUUUAAUGCUCUUUCAGAAUAUGCUUGUCAACAUUCGAUUAUGUGGUGGGUGUGGCAGGGCGUGGUCAUAUUACGCCACUCGCACUUUUCUAAGGCUAAAUGCCUUUAAAGUGGCUAAUAUUAGCCAAAUUGAAAGGCUUUUGAACUAAUGUUGUCCUCUUUCUAUGAUUGCAUGUCAAAGUUGCAUAUUUUGGGGGGUGGGGCAGGGUGUGGCUAUAUGACGUCAUUCUUAGAUAAACAAAUUAUAUGAAAUUAUCUUUAGAAGAAUUAAAGUAUAUGUCUACGAUCUGGAUUUGAGUAAAUUCAAAGGAUUAAUACUUCAUUACUCCCAUGGCCGUACGUAGAAGACUUUGAGCUUUGCGAGGCUUGACAUCAAAACGAGGAUAGUUUCCAUGUGUCUUCUGUACAGUCUGAUUGCGUUCUUUUGAUCAAUGGAGUUCAGCGCAAAAGGUGAGCAAUUUUUAUCUUUUCUUAUCAUUAACUUUUAAAAUACGGCAAAGUAAUAACAUUCUCAAAUAAUCUCUUUGCAAACAAGCUUCUUAGAUUAUAUUUUCAUAGCUUUUGUUACUUUAUCCAGAAAUUGAUGCCCUGGCCUAAAUAAAUGGUUAAGCUUAUGUUAGACAACCAUGCUGAGAAAAACAUUUGUUGAAAUAUGAAUACACAGUUGACAGUUUGUUUUGAUUUGUAGGAUGACUGAGAAAAAUAAUGUGAAAAUAUCUUAAUGGCUUCGCCUUCAGCAACACCGUUUGGCUCACUUCAGAAUCGGGCGGAAUUUCAUUCAAAUACAUGCUGCUUAUGCCAAGAAAUAAUAAAAAAGUCUGAAAAAAUACAGAUUAUUAAAGAAAAAGGGCUUGAUUCAAUCAAAGAAAAGGCAUUACAAUGGAAAGACGUGACAAACCCACGACAAUAUGCAGUCAAAUUUCCUUAUGUAUACGACGAAUUGAUGCGGUAUCUUGACUCCGACGAUUCAACAGUGUUAAAAUGUCAUACUCAGUGUCGCAAAUACUUCGGGGAUCAAAAGAAGCUAGAGGCAAAUCUCAAGGAUUCUGUCCUGGCUGAGAACGAAUCUAUGUCAAAAUCUUUUGAUGAGAUGACGAAAACAUCUGCCAGCACAUCUGCAGCAAGUAUCCCAAUAACACGAAGUAAAGUCGUCCCGCUUCCAUCACCAAGUGACCACGAGAGGAAAUGCUUUGUUUGUAACAGAAAGAGGAAAAAAUACCGAGGCCGUGAAGAAAGUUUGCUGAAGUUGCAAGAAACAAGAGCUGAAGCAACGUUGCUUGGUGUCAUGGACGCAAACGAAAAUUCAGAUGACCCUGUACUGCACAGUGCUGCAAAAAGAUUAAGGAUACACCAAGCAGCGGGUGAUCUCCUCGCCAGGGAACUUGAGUAUCACAAAAGCUGUUAUGCGCUUUUCACAGUUCGCCCUACAAAUCCUCAGUCGAAUGUUCCAUUAGAUACCAUAAAUGGUCAAUGCGCAGAGAAAGAGUUCCUUGAAAUAACCGAGAAGAAAGUCAUUAUUGGGAAAUGUAUUUUCGAUAUUGGUGAGCCUCAGUGGAAAUGUAUUUUCGAGUAUUCCGGAAGAUUUGGUGACAGAAAUCGGCCCAAACCGCGAGAGUAAAAUACGUGGGGGACCAAUGAGAGGUGGCUACAGUACAUCUCCGGAAAAUGUUGAUGAAUUCUAUAAAAACUCUCAUAAACUGGCAAAGCUGAGGAGGCAUGUGAAGGAUCGGUUUCUCAUCAAAACCUCAAGUGGUCACAAUGAAACCUUCAGCGGAGCUAAAGCGCGGCACGAGAAACAAGUAUCGAGCUUGAUUGAAAAGUUGCAGACAUAUCAUACCCCAUUUGAAGGACCAGCACGCAAUAUAUCAACAGGGAUCGAGUUAGACCCAGCAAUAGUGCAAGGGCUAAUUGGAGCAAGGUCGGUUGGCGAAGAGAUGCAUCGCAUUUUUUACACAGAUCGUGUAUUGUCAAAUAAGGUAGACUUCUUUGCGCCAAUAAAGAGGAGCACCAUAAAGACAGGCCUUGAAAAGAAACAGAAAGCGGCCGCAAAAGCCUUAUCUGUGCUGAGAGAAGAUCGCCAGGCACUUGGUUUGAUUGUAGCUAAGUGUCACGACAAACGAGAAGCAUUUUCACAUUGCCUAACGAAGUAUCCCCUCGCAAUAUCAACACCUGAUGGGAAAUUGUA